CUCACACCGGGAACAUGGCCUGCAAGCUGAUCGUCCUCGCCGCCCUCGUGGCCGUGGCCCGCGCCGGCUACCUGGGCGCCCCCGCCGUCUACGCCCCCGGCCCUGCCAUCGCUGCCCGCGCCUACGCCGCCCCCGUGGCCUACGCCGCCCCCGCUGUGAGGGCCGUUGCCGCCGCCCCCGCCGCCGUCGCCGCCGAGUACGACCCGUACCCGCAGUACAGCUACGGAUACAGCGUGUCUGACGCCAUCACCGGCGACUCCAAGAGCCAGCAGGAGUCCCGUGACGGUGACGUCGUCCAGGGCAGCUACAGCGUGGCCGAGCCCGACGGUUCCAUCCGCGUUGUCGACUACACGGCUGACCCCGUCAACGGCUUCAACGCCGUCGUGCACAAGGAGGCCGGCGUGCACGCCGCCCCCGCCAUCGCUGCCGCCCCUGCGCUGGCCUACGGAAAGGCCUACCUGCACUAAAAAUCUCUCCAGUCAACAUGUAUUCACAUAAAUACUAUGUACAAAGCCAUAUUUAUUAGUGUACCUGGAAUGUGUAAUAUAAAAACUGUUACAAACGUC